AUGAGGGCGCUCUUCUUGCUUUUUGCACUCUGGGCAAGCCUGGCUCUUGCCAAGGGUUCUCAAGGCCGUCCCUCAUGGCGCUACAUCUCCUCUGAGGUGGUCAUUCCCAGGAAGGAGCUGCACCACGGCAAAGGUGUUCAGCUGCCAGGCUGGCUGUCCUACAGCCUUCAUUUUGGGGGUAAGAGACACGUUAUCCAUAUGCGGCGCAAGAAACUGUUUUGGUCCAGACAUCUGCUGAUGAUGACUCAGGAUGACCAAGGAGCCUUGCAGAUGGACUACCCCUUCAUCCCUCCAGACUGUUACUACCUCGGCUACGUGGAGGAGAUUCCUCUUUCCAUGGUCACCGUGGACACGUGCUAUGGGGGUCUUGAAGGUAUCAUGAAGUUGGAUGACCUUGCCUAUGAAAUCAAACCCCUCAGCAAUUCCCGAAGGUUUGAAUACAUUGUUUCUCAGAUAGUGGCAGAUACCAAUGCAACGGGACCUACCUAUCAAUUGGGGCAUAAGGAGAUUAGGAAACCCCUAUUCUCUGAAGAAAUUUCCAGUCCAGCCCCCAGGGUCAGUAAUAGGAUCUUUUCCUCCCAUAAAUCCAUGAUCAAAGGAUUUGCUCAAAGUUCCAAUUCAAUGUAUCGUUUAUAUAAUAAUGUAAGAACGUGUGCAAAAUUUCUGAUAGACAUGGUUAGUUUAAUGGACUCAAUAUAUAAAGGUCUUGAUAUAAAGUUCCAUCUUACUGCAGUCCUUAUAUUUGAUAUAAGAGAUCCAGUCAACAUGAGUGAUUAUAGAUUGCCAGCUGGUGAAUACCACAGAUUUCAUGCUACCUACUUGUUCAGGAUCAUAAACCCUAGUUCAUCCUUCAUUGUGGUUAAAGAAGGACCAGAAGACUAUCAAGAUGAUCCUGCAGUCUUGGGUUUAUGCUCUCCUCGAUGCCUACAUAUGGUUGUUCACCUGGGCAGACAUUAUUUAUUGUUAGCUGUGAUAAUUUCCCAAUACUGUGGGAGAUCCAUUGGACUGUAUUUUGAUAAUCAUGAGUGCAGUUGCCAGCAGAGGUCCAGCUGCAUCAUGUACAGAUACCCUGUGUUGACAGAUUCCUUUAGUAACUGUUCUUUUGGGCACUCACCAAACAUUCUGAAUAUUAACAAGCAUUGCCUAUUCAAUGAACAGGUGGUAUUCUUUAAUACAAGUCUGACACAUGUACGUUGUGGAAACUCUAUAGUAGAGGAUAGGGAGCAGUGUGACUGUGGCUCCAUCAAGCAGUGUGCCAGCAACCCCUGCUGUAGUAAUAACUGCAAACUUGAAACUACAGUCCUCUUUGGCAUUGCCACCAAUGUAAAAACUAUCAAGACAGUUAGAGUUAGGGAAGAGAAAGUUGGUGAAGCCAAUCC